AAAUUACAAAUGAUACCAAGGGAAAGAUAACAGAGAGACAACGGCGUUAUUAAAACCACCUGCCUGACGAAGUUCAUCACUGCGUAUCCUUAUCGGCUUAUUCUCCCACCAUCCGUAGAGACUCUUUCCAACCGCCAAUGGGCUCACGAGUCGCGACUACCUUACGAGCUACGGCUCUCCAAGAGAGUACAAAGCCAUAAAAAAUUAGAAAGGAGACGUUGUGGUCUCCACCACAGCGACCCACCACUUCCCUCUUCCUCCUCCACCUCCUCCUUUGUCCUUCGGUCACCGGACCUUGAAGCCCCUCCUUCCUCUCACUGAUCCCGGCCAUGGAGAAACCGGCGGGCGACGACUCCGGCUUGUGGGCGGAGUACCAGUCCGGGUUCGGCAACCACUUCUCGUCGGAGGCGCUGCCGGGGGCGCUGCCAACGGAGCAGAACAACCCCCUCCUCUGCCCCUAUGGCCUCUACGCGGAGCAGAUCUCUGGCACUGCCUUCACCGCCCCUCGCAAGCAAAACCAGAGGAGCUGGUUAUAUCGUAUAAAGCCAUCUGUUACUCAUGAACCAUUCCACCCGCGCGUUCCUGGCCAUAAACACCUUGUCAGUGAGUUCAACCAGUUAACAAGCUCUGCUACACCUACUCAAUUGCGCUGGAAGCCUGCAGAUGUUCCUGAUGCUCCAACUGAUUUCAUUGAUGGCUUGUAUACCAUCUGUGGAGCAGGGAGCUCUUUCCUUCGUCAUGGAUAUGCCAUUCACAUGUAUGCUGCUAACAAAUCUAUGGAAGGUUGCGCCUUUUGCAAUGCUGAUGGCGAUUUUUUAAUAGUCCCCCAGAAAGGAAGAUUAUUGAUCACAACUGAAUGUGGAAAACUGCAAGUAUCUCCUGGUGAAAUGGUUGUUCUCCCGCAAGGAUUUCGUUUUGCCAUUAACUUGCCUGAUGGCCCCUCACGCGGUUAUGUUGCUGAAGUUUUUGGCACCCAUUUUCAACUUCCUGAGCUUGGCCCAAUAGGUGCUAAUGGUCUGGCUUCUCCAAGGGAUUUUCUUGCUCCCACAGCUUGGUUUGAAGAAAGUUUCCAUCCAGGGUACACAAUCGUGCAGAAGUUUGGUGGUCAACUGUUCGCUGCAAAACAAAAUUUUUCUCCAUUUAAUGUGGUUGCUUGGCAUGGAAAUUAUGUACCAUAUAAGUAUGACCUGAUUAAAUUUUGCCCAUAUAAUACUGUUUUAGUCGAUCAUGGAGAUCCUUCAAUAAACACAGGUAGCUUGACUCCAGUACUGACAGCCCCAUCCGAUAAGCUUGGUGUUGCAUUGCUUGAUUUUGUGAUUUUCCCACCUCGAUGGUUGGUUGCUGAGCAUACCUUUCGCCCUCCUUAUUACCAUCGCAAUUGUAUGAGUGAAUUCAUGGGUUUAAUCUACGGGACAUAUGAGGCUAAAGCUGAUGGAUUUCUUCCCGGAGGUGCUAGCCUACAUAGCUGCAUGACACCACAUGGACCUGAUACUAAAACAUACGAGGCAACCAUUGCUCGUGCUGAGGAUGCCGAGCCAUGUAGAAUAAGUGGUACCAUGGCCUUCAUGUUUGAGUCUUCCCUUGUCCCUCGCAUCUGCCCGUGGGCUCUUGAGUCUCCAAAUGUCGAUGCUGACUACUACCAGUGCUGGAUUGGACUGAAGUCGCACUUUUCAUGCAACGGGAGACCAGAAGUAAAUGGAAGUUUCACUCCGAGUAGUGCAAGCUGUGACUAAUGGAAGUUCUGCUUGGUGAUAAAUGUGGUGUGGUGCAUGAUCAUGGAAGCUAUGAUUGACGCGCUCCUGUUACUGAAUUAUUCAAGGAGCUAUGCUGUACAUGUCACAGCAACAUAAUAUCCAUGGAAAAUAAAGAUGUAAAAUAAAAAGAUAUAAUGCACACUGAAAGUAUGAAGUAUUGCAUAUUGAAUGAAGCCCCACAUAAUUCUGACAACCGAGGAACUUAUAUCUAAACUAGUUUUGAUUCAACAUCCAUGAACUUAUCCGGUCAACUUUUAUGCAAUAAAUCCAAUUUGUCUA